AUGUCCUCCGCUCAGCCCAAUAUCUACACGCUUGCAGCAGACAAUUCGCCCUCCCUCCUCCCGCUCCUUCGGUCCAACCCCGCCUUAGCUUCGUCCCAGGACGGCACUGGGUAUUCCCUCCUGCACGCCGCGGCAUCGUACGGCCAUGUCGACCUGCUCCGCGCGCUCGUCCAAGAACUCCAGGUAAACGUAAACCUAGUCGACGAGGAUGGAGAAACCUGUCUUUUUGUCACGGAGUCCGUCGAUGUGGCCCGCUGCUUGAUCGAGGAACUUGGUGUGGAUAGGGAGCACAAGAAUCACCUUGGACUGAAGGCUGAGGAGUCAAUUGCCAGUGAUGGGGAAUACCCACAAUUGAUCGAAUACCUACGGGGCAGCCAGACUACAGACGGCCAGGACCAACUACUGAAUUCAUCUACAACGAUUCCGCCUAACGUGACGGUAAAUGUUGGAAGCAUGCCUGACCCAGCUGCAAUCGGAGAUGAGGUGGUGGACCCGGAAUUCAAGAGGAGGAUUGAGGAGCUUGCUGCAAAGGAAAAUAUUCACACUGAAGAAGGACAGCGGGAACUUCGUCAAUUAGUGACGGAUGCAAUUAGAGGGGUGAAUGCAGAAACACAGGAGCGGGACGUUAGACGACGGACUGAAUAG